UCCGACGCAAAAUCCAACUUAGCGAUGUUGCACGAGGCAUUUUUUACAGUACUGCUAGCAUCAGCGCUUCACUUUACAGUACAAACUAAUACCUACCAAGAAAUUUUCAAAAUAGAGCCUACUUGUGAACGACGCAGCAUAUGUGGCUACCUUCAACUAAAUGGGAAUUCUAUCAAUGUUCAAACCAUUUGUAAGUGUCAACAUAAUAUUCCAUGUCCUUUACAGUGGAAUUCAAACGAUGGAUAUACAGUAACGCACGGAAACGAUCAAUACAAGUUUUGUGAGCUGGUGCGACCACUGCCUCCCUGCACAUCAACAGAAACAGCAUAUGCCUCCUACCUAGAAAUGUCUUACCUUACUCAAGAAACUUUGACCAACAGCGGCUAUCUGUAUUGUAGUUGCCCUGACAAUUACUUAUUGCUCAGAAAUGAUAGCCACUUUGAUCCACUUGAAAAUGCCAUAGCAAAAAUCACUACUAGUUAUGUCUGCAAGCCGCCUCCAGUUUGCUCACUUGACAACAUUUGUGCCGCCAUUACGCAAAACUUUUAUGAUGAUACAUCUUUCGUAACAAGACACUGCAUUUGCCCCCCAGGAUACUACUGCCCAUCUUCAUUAGAAAUGGCUAAAGAAAAAGUUGAUCUCGACAAAGGCUCGUAUUACGUCAUGAAGUGCAUAUGAUGGUUACUAAACCCAGGAAUUCGUGAAUUCCUGGAUUAUGUUUCGAGAUUCGUACCUCAUGUUGGAGACGUGAAUGAAAUAGUUUGGCAAGGAAUGGAUGGAGAUAUUGGAGAACAUUUUGGGACGUUCAUUCGAAAGAAGGUGUGAUUAAAGAUAAACAUUAUUUGUGACUAAAUAUCCUGCACUAGAAAAUCACUAUGUAUCUACUUGCCAUUGUCUUUUGUUAAAGUUAUACCUUGUAUAAAACCCUAGCAGUACUUUUUAGCUUUCCAAUAAAAUAGGGUA